CCUAUUUACAAUUAUUGUCUGGUGAUUAAAAUUUUCGGUGCUCAUUUAUUCGAUUUGUCUUGAAAUUUGGUCAACAUCAUGUUUCCGUUAAGACGUUUACAGAUUACUUUUUCUCCAAACAUCGUCUGUCGAAGCUUAGCUUCAGCUUCACAAGCGACAGAUCCGAUCCAAAAACUUUUUGCCGAUAAAAUUAAAGAAUAUAGCAACAAAGCCAAGAGUGCUCCGAGCGGCCUUGUCGAUUCCAAUCCUGAAGUUGUCAAAAAGCUAAAAGAAGAUAUGGAACGUGUCGCCAACGCUUAUGGUAUCAAAGAUGAAGCAAACAUUGCCAAUCUUGGACUCAAAUUCGAAGAAACAACUAAGAUCGAUCCAAUUAAUAUGAAAUAAUUUUAGCCACUCAAUUAAAUACUAAUAGUUUGCUAUGUUACUUGUAAAAUGCAAUUUAUAAAUGAAUAAAUUCACAUGAUUUAUUGAAA